ACCCAGGAUACGUCACGCACGGCAUAGGGAAGGUAACACAACAAAGGAUACGUCACGCACGGCAUAGGGAAGGAAACACAACACAGGAUACGUUACGCACGGCAUAGGGAAGGUAAAACAACACAGGGUACGUCACGCACGGCAUAGGGAAGGAAACACAACACAGGAUACGUCACGCACGGCAUAGGGAAGGUAACACAACACAGGAUACGUCACGCACGGCAUAGGGAAGGUAACACAACACAGGUACGUCACGCACGGCAUAGGGAAGGUAACACAACACAGGAUAUUUCACGCACGGCAUAGGAAAAAAUAACAAAAUACAGGAUGCGUCACGCAUGGUAUUGAAAAGGUUACCCAACACAGGGCACGUCACACAUGGACAUGGAAGGUAACACAUUUCAUGUUACGUCACACAUAGAAUAGGAAAUGUAACACAUCUCAAAAUGCGUCAUGCAUGGCAUAGGAAAUGGAACACAACACAUAUACGUCACGCAUGGCAUAGGGAAGUGGCACUUAGGAUUCUUUGAGAAGGAGUACACGCCAACCUACCGCGGUUUCGAUUCGUUUUACGGAUUCUGGAACGGUAAGGAGGAUUACUGGGACCAUAGCUCACAGGAAGAUGUCUGGGGAACCGAUCUACGUGAUAAUGAAAAGCCGGUUCGUAACGAGAGCGGUCAUUACGGUACGGAACUGUUCGCUGAGCGCGCGGCGCAGAUCAUCCAUCUUCAUAACCAGACCAAGCCACUCUACCUGUACCUAGCUCAACAAGGGGUGCACUCAGCCAAUGGAAACGAGCCAUUACAGGCCCCAAAGAGACUCAUCAAGAAAUUCUCGCACAUCUCCUCGCCUAAACGUCGCAUUUACGCUGCGAUGGUAUCUUCUCUUGAUGAGUCCGUGGAGACUGUUCACAAGGCGCUUAGCGAGACAGGCAUGCUAAACAACACGGUGUUGGUAUUCACGACAGAUAACGGCGGGGCGCCAAGGGGAUUCAACUGGAACCAAGGGUCCAAUUACCCUUUUAAAGGCGGCAAAGACACAUUCUGGGAGGGAGGGGUGCGUGGAGUCGGCUUUGUUUAUAGUGACCUCAUCAAACACAAGCAGAGAGUCAGCCACGACUUAAUUGACGUCACUGAUUGGCUACCAACCUUCUACCAGCUAGGCGGAGGGGACACCGAGCAACUCGAGAGGGUGAUAGAUGGUGUGAGCGUCUGGGAUACCAUAUCAGAAGGGAAUCCCUCCCCAAGGACCGAAGUCUUACAUAAUGUAGAUCCUAUCCGAAAGUUCGCGGCGAUAAGAGUAAAAAACUAUAAGCUGAUAUUUAACCAAGAUGCCGUGCAUAAGACGGAGUGGUUUCCACGCUACGAGCAGACGUCGGAGCCGAAGAUGGAUGACUUGUCUGAACGACUGCCUGGUGCUGUGAUAGAGUGUGGAAAGUGGAAUCACAAGACGGGCAAGGAGUGCGUGACAGACGAGUUUCCAUGUCUCUUUGAUCUCGACUCAGAUCCAUGUGAAUACAACAAUAUAGCAGAAGAUAACUUACCGAUUGUCCGAAGGCUGCUAAAACGAUUAACAAAACACCAGAAGAAGGCUCGGCCCGUGUGGUUCCCUGAGCGUGACCCUGAGGCGAACCCAGCGAACUUGGACGGCUUCUGGGGGCCGUGGAAAGAGAACCCCUCCAACCAGGACAUCCUCCGUGAUGCCGUUGAAAAGGCCUCACAUUUUCUCAAGGAUAACUCUUUCGGGAGAUGUCUAAACAGUACAGACAGAGAAGGAGUUUAUCGCGGGGAUGGAGACAUUGAGAAACUGCUAUGCAAAGUGCUAAAGCAAUCGAAGCUUGGAGACAUUGGUAAGAGUAAGAAAGAACAUAUAGCUAAGGACGAUAAACAGCAAAUUUAUCGCAACAUACAGAAGCUGUACAGAGGAAUGAGUAGAAAAACCCACAAUAAAAAUCUGGACGGAACAAAGAAGGGGAAGCAUAUUCAUGAGAUCCGAAGAGUCAGAAGAGAAGUACAACGACCCAAAAGAUGGGAAAGCGACGAGAGAUCUCGGAACCCACAUGGCCAAGAAGCAGCCAGUGCUAGACGCAUGGUGUCGCAUGCUGACGAGGGAGGCACUGUUCCUGGUACGACAGGACUGAGACUAGAUUCAAUAGAUUCAAGGGCUUCUUCACAGACUGGUGCAGCCGUGCGACGAAUUCUCAAACAGAACAUAAUACGCAAGCAUGACCAAGACUUGAAUCAACGCAGCAAAAGGCAAAAGAGAAUAGCAGAUGACUACGACUAUGAUUAUGACUUCGCGCUUGGCUACGGGCUAGGCAUGCUUGGGGACACUCUUCCAGAAAACGCAAAAAGUGAUGAUGUAACAAAGCGGGACAGCAUUCCAGAGACUAAAUCGCAACUUUACAAGAAAUCAAAAACAGCUAAGGCGAGAGGGAAGGGUAAAUUUAAAUCCUCUAAAAGGUCGGAAAUACCGAAUGUUAAAAAGGAUGAUAUCUUGUCGGCAUUGGACCGGUUAUUCAGAGAGUAAAAGCUUUAGAUAAAGUACUAUUUAAAACACGAGAAGUGUUUUCGCGGAUAUAAAGUCUUAUUUUAGACUGUAUAUCCGCGAAAACACGAUCUUCGAGUGUUUUGAAUGGCUUCAAAACGUUAUUAAUAUUCAGUAGUUAUUUUUGCCUUUGCCCAAUCGCGAUGCAAAAUAUAUUUAAUAGCUUCUAUUGACCUUUUUCCUUUGUACAUGGUAGUUUAAAAAAAAUAAUGCUUCAAAAAUUCGUUGUGUAAAGCCUUUCUUCGAGCAUUAAUUAAACUCUUGUUGAGUCGGUUUAAUAACGCAAAAAUGCCUCCUAAAAGAGCAUUUCGACCAGCAAAAACUGUAGAGGAGAAAGCAACUUUAUUUGAGAACUUUGUUUCUCUAAUUCCCUCUCCACACUUUUAGAAUGAAGAGGAGAUAAUGUGGUAUAAAACCUCGUGACUAAAUCCCGUCAUCUGAUUGGGUAAAAUGGCUAUUGGAUAUUAAUGUGUUUUUGAAUAGUAGGAAUAAAACUAAAGAGAUUCAUAACAUUUUUCAAGAAAAAUAGUCUGUCAUGUCUUUUUUUAAUUAAAAAUAUAAGAUAAAAUCACAAUUCUUUUCUUCGUGCUAUUAAAUCCUUGCAAAUCUUUAGAGACUUUAUCUUCUGAGCGGAGGUGCUAAUAUUAGAAUAUUGUCAUAUUUGCUAAGUUCUGGGCUAUUUUGUAUUACCCACAAACCUAUAAAAGGAAAUGGGAAUUAACUUUUGAAACGCCAACUUUGAACAGAUGAACCAUUAGAGCCAUCUAAAAAUUACUCUGGGCUUGAACAGCUGUCAGACUGCAAUCAAAUCUUUCCAACUACCAUAGACAAGGGUAUUGUCGAUCCAUAUUCCUAAGAAAUUCAAUUGGCUCUCCCCAAAAUCCUACCGUCCCAUACUGUUUACCCAUUGCGAGUUACCGUGAACUUCCGUUUGCUACAAUAGAUAUAAAACAAAAAUCAUCUAAAGAAUAGGAAACUGUUCACAAGAAAAAAAGAGACGACUACAUCUAGAAUCUUAUUAAGGAUCAAUACCGUAAUAGUCGUGAUCAUAACCAGAAAAAUAGAUAUAAUGCACCAAAAAUAGGUAUUCCACUCUGCCUAAGGGCCGAACACCAAUCGGUGCAUUAAGGUUAAGUUCAAACGUCGUAUUAUCCAUGAGCCGUAUCCAUUGCAAAUAUAUCGAGUCGAUUGGUUCAUCUUCAUUUGUAUCGAGUCCAUUGUUUCAUCUUCCACGGCUUGUGGAUAAUACGUUUGAACUUAGCCUUAAUGUUAUAAAUUUCCUCAAUGAGACACAAUCAUUUUAUCAUGCAGACUUGUAGCCUUUGCCUUGGAGCCUUGUCAUGUCAUAUCCUCUGCUAGGGGAUUUGAUUCUCCUUUAACCUGCUCACUGAUUCUUCUUACAUCGUGUAGCUCCAUUGGGCUGUCUUCUUGAUUCAACUCACAGCCCUCGUUAUUAUCUUCUUUCGCUCGUCGGUUGCAUAUUAAAGCAAGCAUAACUGAUGUUAUGGACAAAAUCAUCAUUGCAACCAACGGGAACACAAUUUCUAUAUUAAACAUUGGCAGCUUCUUGGGAGGAUUUGUGCGUUUUUUACCUGGAGACCAAAAUACAACGCAUAGAGAAUGAAAAAAAAAUAUUAGUGCUCUAAUACAUUUAGCGAUAAAAUCAAUCAGUUGAAAUACUGUAUGUUCUCACAGCAACUAUUAGUUAAACCUGUAUAUAGCGUAUAACUGAUCUCAAAAUGGUACAUUGGACAAUUAUGGCCAUGAUAUGGUAUUAAGUGGGCAAUUGACAUGAUGUAUGAUAAAUCAUAUAAACUAUGACAAGACCAUUGAACACUUUGUAUGAUAUAGUGGACAAUUGAAAAUUUGUAUGAUAUAGUGAA